AUGUCGCUCCAGCUCGUGUCUGCUCGCUCUGUCCGCCGCACCUCAGCUCUGUUUUCAGCUGGCGUCUUGCUCUGCGGCUUGUUCUCUGAUCCUUUCUCCAGCCGCGCCCAGGAGAGAAAGAAGAUGAGGGCGCCGGCUCCUUGCGUCUCCUGCGUGCAGCUCGUUCGGCCUCGCCUGCGUCUUCUGCGUGUGUGCGUUCAGCUCGUUCGGCCGCCGCUCCGCUUCACGGCAGAUGAGGCGAUCAGCAUAGACAUAAAAGCAUUGCUAGAGAUUAGCGACGAAGGUCUCUUGUCACCUUUGUGUUGUAUCUACAGGGUGCCCACAAAGAUCCGUCUUCUAAACGAGGAGGCUUACACUCCUAAGGUGGUUUCCAUUGGUCCCUUCCAUCACGGUGAUGAGAGGCUCCAAGAAAUGGAGAGGCACAAAGAAAUAAUGUUUAAAAGAUUUGCACGAAAUGCUAUGACAAACUUGGACAGUUUGGUUGACUUAGCUAAACAAUCUGAGUCAAAGGUCCGUGCUUCUUAUUUUGAGAGCAUUAACUAUGACAAGAAGGAUCAUGUGAAAUUGAUAUUAGUGGAUUCUGCUUUCAUCAUUCAACUCUUUGUGAUGAAAAAGAGACGUCACAUGAAACACGAUGGUAAACUAUCACAAUCACAGUUAACGGAGGAUAUAUUUGAUGAUUUGCUUUUACUUGAGAAUCAACUUCCAUUCUUUUUCCUUGAAGAGCUAUACGAUAUAGCCUUUCCUCAUAACCGUAGAGGUGAUCUCCCUUCAUUUCUUGAGCUUACAUAUUCCUGCUUUGACUAUCUUAACAAGCAAAAGUUAGAGCCUGAUCAUAAGAUAGAGCAUUUCACAGAUCUUCUCAGAUUAUUUUACUUACCAAUAACCCAACCAGGAAGGGAUUCCAUCAACGAGGAUGGAUCCGAUAUGCUUAGGUAUAGUGCAAAUGAGUUAAAAGAGGCAGGAGUGAAGUUGAAAUUGACACAAAAAGAUGUGGAGGUUCUCGCUCAUGAAAAGAUUAUCAGCAACUGGCUAGGUGAUGCCAAAGAGGUCGCUACAUUGUUUAACGGUCUUAGAAAAGAGAUAACUCACUGCAAUUUUAAUAAAGAGCACCUUGACAUUUCCAAAAGGUUGAAUGAGUUUUAUGAAGAUCCUUGGCACAAGAGAAAGGCAACUUUGAGGAAAGAUUACUGCAACACACCUUGGCAAACUGUGGCUUCUAUUGCUGCAAUCAUACUUCUCACUCUCACCAUCACUCAAACUGUAUGUUCCAUCCUCCAGGUUGUAUAA